CUCGGCUGCGGAAGCGUUGCCUGGAUCAGGCUUGAGAUGAUUUAAUCCUCUGUACGAUGGUGAGAUCGUAAGAAAAAGAAACAAAACAGAAACAAAGAAAAAACACCCCCUCAAAAGAAAGAGAUAGGUACAGUGCAGAAGGACAUUUAUGCCAAUCAAUCCAUACAGAACAAGACGUGAAUUGGGAGUGCUCCUGUAUGGUGCCAUGGCUUCUCUCUCUUCGUUCCUGUGCAGAGCAACACAGUGUCACAAAACCUUUGUGAAAAGGUGGCUGCUUGUCCAAGCCAGCGGACAAAAUGUAGCGUCUUCAGCAAACUUCUGUCAAUCAGCAGCACUCGCUGAGCAUAGCCUGCAAACUCUUACCUCUCACUCCGAGUGCAGUUGUCAUGUUCAGUGGCAACCCAGGACGAGGCAUUUCCAUUCAUCCUCCCGUCACCUUAGCCGUGAAGUAGAGUUUACCGACGUGCGUUAUGGAGUCCGGAGGUUAGCGUUUUCAACAGUAACGAAGGAGGACUUAAAGUUUUUGGAAAGCUUGCUCCCUGACCGUGCGGUGACAGACCCUGACCUGCUGGAAGCGAGCAACGUGGACUGGCUGCGGACUGUGCGAGGUCGCAGCCAGUUAUUACUGAGACCUCGGAAUACAGAAGAAGUCUCUCAGAUACUCAGGUACUGUAAUGAUCGGAACUUGGCGGUGAAUCCUCAGGGUGGGAACACGGGGUUGGUGGGAGGCAGUGUGCCUGUGUUUGAUGAGAUCAUCAUAUCAACAGCACAGAUGAACAGCAUCAUCGAUUUCAACCCAAACUCUGGAGUCCUUAUCUGCCAAUCAGGUUGUAUUUUGGAAAAUUUGAACGGUUACCUCGAGGCACAGGAUUUUAUUAUGCCCCUCGACUUGGGGGCAAAGGGAAGUUGUCACAUCGGAGGCAACUUGGCAACCAAUGCUGGUGGGCUGCGACUUCUGAGAUACGGUUCUCUGCGUGGGACAGUCCUAGGACUGGAAGCGGUCCUUGCAGAUGGAACUGUUUUGAAUUGUCUGGCACCACUGCGCAAGGACAACACAGGCUAUGACCUUAAGCAGCUUUUUAUCGGAGCUGAAGGAACACUUGGGAUCAUCACAGCUGUGUCCAUUUUGUGUCCGAGGAAACCACGCUCAGUCAAUUUAGCUCUUCUAGGUAAAAAAGGGGGAAAUAUGAAGGUAUUUAUCAAAAAUUGUUUGAGAGGUUGUGACAGGUUUGACCAGAUCCUGAGUAUAUUUAAUCAGUGCAAAGGAAUGCUAGGAGAAAUUCUCUCUGCCUUUGAGUUCCUGGAUCAAAGUUGCAGAGAGGUAGUCCAGGAGCACUUGAAAUUGGCAAACCCAUUGCAAGAGAAACCAUUUUACAUCCUAGUAGAAACGUCAGGCUCCAAUGCUAAUCAUGAUCAGGAGAAACUGAACCAAUUCCUGGAAGAAGUCAUGACUUCUGGAUUAGUGGCUGAUGGGACUGUCGCUACUGAGGAGCGCAAAAUAAAGGCACUCUGGGGCUUACGAGAAGGCAUCACUGAAGCACUGAGCCACGAUGGCUAUAUAUACAAGUAUGAUAUCUCAUUACCAUUGGAGAAAAUUUAUGACAUUGUUGUCGACAUGAGAGAAAGACUUGGGGAUAAGGCAAAGCGUGUGGUUGGCUACGGUCACAUUGGUGACGGGAACUUGCAUUUGAAUAUUGUGUCUCCAGCACAUGACCACCAGCUCCUGGCUGCCAUAGAGCCAUAUGUGUAUGAAUGGACGGCUAAAUAUUCUGGGAGCAUCAGUGCCGAACAUGGCCUGGGCUUUAAGAAGAAGGAUUUCAUUUAUUACAGUAAAUCCAAGGAGGCGGUGCAGAUCAUGCAGCAAAUGAAACUGAUGCUGGAUCCAAAGGGUAUUUUAAACCCAUAUAAAACACUGCCAUCACCCAGCCAGAAUUCUGCUAGUUCUACACAAGAACACCACUGAGUAAAACCGGGUUGGGGAUGAUUUAGCAGAGAGUUUGGCCAUUAUGAAAUUGGUUAUUUAAGUUCUGAUUGUUGUGCUGUUAUAGAUUCAGGAAGUUAUAUUUUUACAACAGUAACUUUGGACUAAUGCUUUGUGAAUGAAUAUCUGUUUCAGACAAAUAUAUACCAAGUGCUUAACUUUUAUUUGUUUGAUAUCUGCUUGUUUACUUGAUAUCUUUACGAUAAAAGAUUGAAAUAAAAAAUGAUCUUGAUUCUUAAAAUCAGUAUCCAGCA